AAUGAAAACAUGAGAAAUGUAACUAAAAUGAUACAAAAAUAAUAAAAUAAAUAAGGUAAUCAAUGGACACUAACUUGAAAUUGGUAAAAGUAAAAUAAAAAUAUACGGGUGGGUUUUAAUAUUUUACGCAUUAUACAAAGUAAGAAUAAUCUUUAAAAAAGAAAAAGAAAUGGAGGUUGAAAGUAAUUCAAAAAAUUUAAAUAAAAAUUUCAAAAAAAAAUUAAAAAACAAAAAUUCAUCAAAAAUAAUCCCAACUUUCAUUUUUUUGCCUACAACAGGCAUUUCCGUUAACCCUCCGUUAGAAAAUUAAUGGCGACCCAAAACUGGCAAAUUUCAAUAAAGUUGGAAUUAUUAUGCAUCACAGUGAAAGGUGAGAUUAUUUUUGAAAGACCAGGUAAAGUUGGGAUUAUUUUGAGUAAUUUUUCCUAUUUUAAAAUCCCUACUCAAUCACGUAUUCAGCCCAUGAUCUCCACUAGCCACCUCAAUCUUCACAAAUCACUCCAAACUUCCUAUCCAACACUAAAAACCAAAAGAAAAAUAUAAUAAACAAAGAAAAGCUAUACUAUAUCACCAUCACCAUCUUCUCCUAUCAUUCACACACACAACACUCUCCUCUCCAUUCUCUCUCUGUCGACCAAAAACACAAGGAAAAGAAAAGAAAACUUCAACUCCAUAGUUGGUUCAAGAAGAAGAAGAAGAAGCAAGAAAACCAUCCAUAGUUUCUAAAUCAUGAGUUCCAAACGCAGCAUCAACUUCUACGGACAUCUGGAAGGUAUCGUAGAGAAGAUUCGGUGUUGGAAUAUUGAAGUUAAUGGGUUAACCCUCGGAACCGUUGUUCAUCGACAUAUCCGAAAUCCUGGACAGCAACUAUCCCUUGACUUCAGGUCUGAUUUACGCUAUCUUACAUACGUUAAAACGAAAUACUUUCUAUACGAAAGUUGUAGCCUUACAUCUUAGGAAUCCACAGAAUCAAACGGUUUGCAAUUCCGUGAAGAAACGAUGGAGAUAUGCCCAAAUUACCGCAGGCUGUCCAGUUGUGACGGAAAUGACAAAGUUGGCAAAUUUCAAUGUUGUUUCCACUUUCGCUCCUCUCUAAGGUUUAGGCCGAUGAUUUCCAGGAGAUAGGAGGCGGCACAUUCUAUCAGAGACGGUUAGGUUUAGUGAGAACUGGAACUCUGCUCUCGUCUACGGAGGAGACCGGACUGAAGGCUGAGCUCGACGGAGGAGACGGGACGGAAGACUGAGCUCUCGUCGACGGAGGAGAGAAACUGUGCCCACCAUCUGCGCUGCAUCUAACGCGAAGAUUCUAAUCUGACCUUUGCCGGACGGAUAUUGACGGCGGCCAUCGAACUGAAAAGGUAUGGCACACCCUCCCAAGAAGCAUAGAGGAUCUGCUAAGUGUGAGGCAUUAUAUAAGCGGAAGAAGGAAGGUCAUCCACCGAUACAACUGCAGUGGCGGCACAGGCGUCCUUUUGCUGGGCCACAUGUAGGAGUCUUCCCUUCCCUUGUUGGGUUUGAGGCGAGAAGCAGAGCUAGAAUUGACAUUACGACGUGGCCUUUGGUCCCAAAAGAUGUUAAGGACACGAUCCUAGCAGAGAUUCAAACUAUCUACGAAAUACCUAAGGAGGGCAUCAAUUACACUCUGAAAUUGGCGGGCGAGAGAUGGCGUGCAUUCAAAGUUAAGCUCCGUAAGGAUUAUUUAAAGCCGAGUGGGAAGAGGCUGGGUGAACAUCCCAAUUCUUAUUACAACUUUGUGACACGAGAACAUUGGGAGAACUUUAAAAAUUAUUAUACAUCUGACAACAUGAAGGCCAUUAGUGCAGCUAACACUGAGCGUCAACAGAAGAACGUGUAUCCACAUAACAUGGGCAGAGGUAGUUACAAGAUGUUAGAGCAGAAGAUAUUAUCUUCAAGUAGCACCACUACUACCAAAAACAGCUCAUCUGUCCCUCCUGACUUGUCGCGAGAGAAUAUGUGGUUAUUGGGUCGUACAAAGGACAAUCAGAUACCCAACCCUAAUGUUAGGGAAGUUGGCGAAAGGAUAGUGAAGUUGAAAGCUGAUGCUCAAGCAGGGACAUUCACGGCUGUUGGACAUGAUGACAUUCUCACUCGUGCACUCGGUACUUCUGAGCAUCCUGGCAGGACUAGAGGUGUCGGGUCACUCAUCGGGCUACGAAAUGUUUUUAAGGGGAAAAAGAAGUCUCAAAAGUCUGAUGGAAUGUUCAUGACGCAAGACGAGUUGGAGCAGUUCAGGAACUCUGUCCUUAAUGACGCGUUCACCAUGUACACGCAACGACUUCCCCAGCUUCUUCAGUCUCUUGGAGUUCAAGUGUCAGGCAGCAUUGAGAACAUUGCCAACAUUUCGCAACAAUUGCCCAUGUCUACACCACAGUUUCAGCAGAGCAGCAAGUCUGAUGGAAUGUUCAUGACGCAAGACGAGUUGGAGCAGUUCAGGAACUCUGUCCUUAAUGACGCGUUCACCAUGUACACGCAACGACUUCCCCAGCUUCUUCAGUCUCUUGGAGUUCAAGUGUCAGGCAGCAUUGAGAACAUUGCCAACAUUUCGCAACAAUUGCACAUGUCUAAACCACAGUUUCAGCAGAGCAGCAAGGCUUCAGUAGAUACUGACCCAUUUGUAGACCUUACUGAGAUGACUCGUUGCCACAUGAGUAUUACUAAGCCUAUUGAUGCCAUAGUGGCACGUGGAUCAGUAUUCCCGUGUUCUCCAGGAGUGUCCCUUCACAAUGCUCCCCUCCCAUACGACCAUGUCAAAGUAUCUGUGGAUGUGGUGCUUGAUGGUAUGGGGGACUAUCCUAUACCGACUCCGACGGAUGAGCACACCACUGUUUCUUCGACUUUGGGGAGCAUGUGUGCCUGGCCAAAAGCCUUGGUUCACCUUGGAGAUCCUCCAUUAGGGUCUCCUGUCCUACCUACCUUGAGGGGCAUGGGAUCUUCUACUAAAGGAUUCUCCCGUGUAUCAGCGUACUCGGAGGAUUCUCCCAACCUUAGUCAUCAUUUCUCGCAGCAACUCGACUCUCAUCAUUCAUUUAGUCAACAUUCCUCACAGCAGCCUCAUACUCAUACUGAGCCUCCCUCCCAGCGUGCCGUUGAACCCGGGCUCUAUGCGACUUUAGGUCCCAGGUGUAGGGAUUUGUGCCACUGGUUAACACGAAUAGAGGACCUCACAAACAUUGAGAUCUUGAUAGAACCUUGGGCACUAGGCUAUGCAGAGGAGAGGGUGUUCAGCAUUAAUCCUGAAAACAUCAAGGAGUUCUUGCGAUGGGAUAUGAUCGAUAAUAGCAUCGUCGAGAUCUUUAUGAGACACUUGUAUGGCUACAUGAGGACCCACGACAUUCAGAAUGUCGGGUUAGUGUGUCCGGACGAUCUCCAGCAUAUGGUAAAAAAUGGAAACCGUAAACCAGUGGAAAGGAUGUUGCUAGAUCAUAAAGAAAAAUCUUGGGUUCUUCUUCCAUUCUUCUGUGAGAGAACACAUCAUUAUACAUUGAUAGUAAUACGUUAUUAUGAAAAUAAAGUAGCUUGGAGGAUCCUUCGAGUACAGGGGAUGGGUUUUCUUAAACUGAAACCCACGUGGACUGAUGUCGGUAUCGUACCACAACAACCCGGUGGAACAGAGUGUGGGUAUUAUGUCAUGAGGUUUAUGUGGCUAAUCAUCAGUCUUUGUGCCCGUGAAUCCGUUCCAAUAGAAACGGUGUUCAACUCUUUUGAUCCGUAUACGAUUGAACAACUUGAAGAGUUACGAGAGAUGUGGGCAAACACCUUUCUAGAUGAGUUAGUGAAUUAGCCACUCUAUCCCUAGUGACAAACAAAUUUAGUUUAAUUUGGUAUACUUUUUAACCCGUUUUGUUAGUUGGACACAACUUUGUGUUGUAAGUUGUGUAGUAUGUUAAAUCCUUUUACAUUUUGGUGGAUGUAUACAAUGAAAUUUAAUUUGUCCU